UAGGCCCAUAUAUAUAAGCAACAAAAUGUACAAGAGGAAUAAACCCCGCGAAAAAAGCAGCCGCCUUUCGUCUCCUCAAUUCUUGCCCAUCGGAAGUUCGGAACAAACACACGAUUUCUGCAUUCCUUUCAGGCGCCUUCCGUCGACGGCGCUUCAGUUUCCCUCGCCGCCGGUCGACGUCCUGUCGCGCGAUCCUCCCGUGCUGCCGCUGCCUGCCAUUGGAGGUAAAAUAGGUUUAUAUUUGCUAGCUUCAGCUGGAACGGACAUGGAAUACGGCAGCAUCCCUUCGUCCGUGCACGCCACCGUGUUCAAAGAAUCGGAGUCUCUUGAGGGGAAAUGCCAUGAGAUCAAAGGCUACGACUUCAACCAAGGCGUGGACUACCAUCAGCUGCUUAAAUCAAUGGUCUCAACUGGGUUCCAAGCUUCCAACCUCGGUGACGCUAUUUCAGUUGUUAAUCAGAUGUUAGACUGGAGGCUUGCUGACGAGAUCAUUGCUGAAGAUUGCAGCGAAGAAGAGAAGGACUCUGCUUAUAGACAGUCAGUGAGGUGCAAGAUUUUCUUGGGGUUCACCUCAAAUCUGAUCUCUUCCGGUGUUAGAGAUACAGUUCGCUAUCUCCUUCAGCAUCACAUGGUUGAUGUGGUGGUCACUACUGCAGGUGGCAUAGAAGAAGACCUUAUCAAAUGCCUAGCCCCGACAUACAGAGGGGACUUCUCUUUACCUGGAGCUCAACUGCGUGCAAAAGGGUUGAAUCGCAUUGGCAACUUGUUAGUUCCUAAUGAUAACUACUGCAAAUUUGAGGACUGGGUUAUCCCCAUUUUUGACCAGAUGUUGAAAGAACAAACUGAAAAUGUAUGGUUUUCGUUCAUUUUGGAUUUAUCCAUUUCAGUUGAGGUAGAAUCUACUUUAUGGACGCCAUCAAAGUUAAUUGCCAGACUGGGGAAAGAGAUUAACUGUGAAAGCUCAUACCUUUACUGGGCAUACAAGAACAACAUUCCAGUGUUUUGUCCUGGAUUAACUGACGGUUCACUUGGGGACAUGCUGUACUUUCAUUCUUUCCACAAUCCAGGAUUGAUUGUUGACAUAGUUCAAGAUAUUAGGGCCAUGAAUGGCGAGGCUGUUCAUGCAACUCCUAGGAAAACUGGGAUCGUUGUUCUUGGAGGUGGGCUGCCGAAGCACCACAUAUGCAAUGCCAAUAUGAUGCGAAACGGUGCAGAUUAUGCUGUUUUUGUCAACACGGCGCAGGAGUUUGAUGGGAGUGAUUCUGGAGCUCAGCCUGAUGAGGCUGUUUCUUGGAAAAUACGAGGCUCUGCCAAAACAGUAAAGGUAGUAUCUUCUCUUGUGUGCUCUUUUUGGUUUAUGACCUUGCUUUCACUUGUUUUUUAGGUUUCUCAAAUGAUGAGAUAUAUGCUACAAGCUGUUUCAUACGAUGCAGUACUUGGAUGUCUAUGUGGCUGUUUCAUUUGUAACAAAACAAACAUCUAACAAAAGAAAUCAUCUAACUAAAUAAGUGUUCAAUAACAAAAUUGGCAUUUUGUCUAGUUUGCAAUUAGUUUGAUUAUCUUGGCAUGGCACAUAAGCUUUGUCAUGUCUCCGUAAUGGACCGUUUAGCAUCCACUAGGCCCUCGGCUCUCGAAACUGACUCCCGAUUGCCGAGGAAACACAUGAACCUGUGAUAAAACCUAUUCUCGAAUUGGGAAGAGUUGGAUCCAGCAGGUGCAUGGGGGUGCCCGGUUGCACGGUUUUGGUGACUUGAGCCUAUUUGACAUGCUGACUCAACGAAACUUAAUGUCAGAUUGGACAAAGAUGAGUUGGAGUGAGUCUUUUGUUUGGAAUCAUUCAAAUAUGGUUCAUUGUGAUGCAACGAUUGCUUUCCCGCUACUGGUUGCUGAGACAUUUGCCACAAGGCAAGACAGAACCAGGAAGACCAGAGCUUGAUCUAUGGUGGCUACGUGCAGUUGGUUAACGAAGAGAUGGACAUUCAAGACCAACUUUCAUAACCAUUUGAAGGUUAAGCUUCUAUAGUUUUACAUGGUAUGGAAGGUGUGAGUAGGAAACAUAGCUUUGCUGGAUUUUUGUUCUGCCAAAGUAACAAUGGCCAUAUUAUCCGCAUGGAAGAGUAUGAUUGUUUGAACUUAAAUAUGAACCUAAAGUUCAAGUAGAGUCCAGGAGGCACAAUGUGCGCAAAUUGACUUACCCAACUGUGACUUACCCAUCUGGGUUGAAGACUCUGCCCUUCCUAACUAGAAAAGAAGUUAAAUACUAAAGCUACUGCCUGUGGGGAACUCUUGUAACUUCAAAAAACUUUUUACC